ACAGGUGGUAUAUUGACUCCUCAUCAAAUAACAAGCCAUGUCCUAACCUCAGUUAAUGAUUGUAUUCCCACUAUUUCUAGAGAGAUAACAAGCCAUGACCUAACCUCAGUUAAUGAUUGUACAGGUGGUGAUUUAUCCUUCAUUAAUAAAAGAAUGGCUAUUGUACGCUGCUUUGGUAAACCAUCAUUAUUCAUUACUUUCACCUGCAACCCUAAAUGGGAUGAAAUAAUGCGUGAAUUAUUUCCUCAUCAGACCCCAAACGACCGCCCAGAUUUAGUUUGUCGCGUUUUUCGUCAAAAAUUAAAAUGUCUAAAAAAGGAUUUGCUCUAUUAUCAUGUUCUUGGCAAAGUAAUCGCUUAUAUAGAUGUCAUAGAAUUCCAGAAAAGAGGUUUGCCUCAUUGUCAUAUGUGCCUUAUACUAGAUAAAUCUCAUAGGCUACCAACGGCUGAUACUUAUGAUGAUGUAGUUUGUUCUGAAAUUCCUAACAAAAUAACUGAGCCUAAGCUGUUUCAAAUUAUUAGCAAUUUUAAUACACAUGGGCAAUGUGGUAUAACAUUUCCUAAUAGUCCCUGCAUGAUUGAUGGAAAAUGCUCAAAAAAAUAUCCUAAAUCAUUUGUGGAUACCUCUUCUAUCGAUAAGUAUGGUUAUCCUUUAUAUAGGCGACGAAAUGAUGGCGUUACCUUCCAAAAAAAAUUAAACGGAUUUAUAUUUAACAACCGUUGGAUUAUUCCUUAUAAUAAACAUUUAUCAAAAAAAUAUAAUGCACAUAUAAAUGUAGAAAUUUGUUCAUCUGUCCAGUCCAUAAAAUACCUUUAUAAGUAUUGUUACAAAGGCCAUGACAGAACUACUGCUUCCGUUUCCAUUAAUAAUGUUGAUGAAACUUCCCAGUUCAUUGAUGCUCGAUAUAUAUCCGCCAUAGAAUCGCUAUGGCGUACUUUGGAUUUUGAAAUGCAGGAUCAUUCUCCUGCAGUCUAUCGUUUAGACCUUCAUCUACCCAAUCAACAUAUAAUCCUUUUUCAAUCAAAUACUGAUAUAAAUAAUAUCUUAACUAAAAAUCCUGGUACAAAAUUAACCGAAUGGUUUAAAAUUAAUCAACUUGACACAGAUGCCAGACAUUAUAUUUAUGCAGAUUUUGUAAGAUAUUAUGUGUGGAAACCUCUAUCUAAACAGUGGUUAAAACGAAAAAGGGGUGGUAAUAAAGUUAUAGGCCGUAUACGCACAGUUUCUCCUAAAGAGGGUGAGGUUUUUUAUUUAAGACUAUUACUUAAUUAUGUUACUGGGCCUACAUGUUUUGAAGAUCUACACUCUUUUAAUGGAAUUAUCAGUAACACUUUUAAAGAUGCAUGUAUUCGACGUGGUCUGCUAUCAGAUGAUGCGGAAUGGAACCAUUGUUUAGAGGAAGGUCUUUCAUUUAAGAUGCCAUAUCAAUUGCGCCAGUUAUUUUCUGUUAUUUUAUUACAUUGUGAGCCGAGAGAUCCUCUAGGUCUUUGGAAUUCUUUUAAAUUUUAUCUUUGUGAAGAUUUUUCCAAGAAAAUAUCACCAGAGCCGGAUAACCAGAGCCGGAUAACCUUAUCACCUAAAAUCUCGCGCUAUGCCACAUCAAUCAAAUUUUGA